AGAUUGGAUUUUGAACGGUUCAAGAUUAAUCACAAGAUGGUUCAAACUUGCUCCAACCUGACUGAGAACAACGAUUACUCGCCAUCACGAGAAUGAAUGACUUUAUCACGAGGCGAAUCAUGCUGUUUUAUUUAGAGAUGAGACGAUACAGUGUUGUAUCACCUGCAGAUUUUAGAAAGACAACUGAAUUCAGAAGGAAUAAGUCUACCUUACUCUCUACCCUCGAAAUACGAGCUCAGAAACUUGGUUCGACCGCAGAUAAGGGAUCGAGAAGGAGGUCGUCCACGAUUCAAAAUGUCAUAUCCCCUUCCAUAGUGGCUUUCAAGGACCCUGGAUCGUUGGCGACUGAUAUGCUGAAGAAACGUCUGGAUGAAGCGAUUCAGUCUAACAAUACCUUGAAAAAAGAGAACGGGGAACUUAAAACAAAGUUGGCCCAAUGUUUAACCCCUGAGCAGACGAAACGGUUGAAGAACGAUAAUAAACGACUUGUGGGGUUGACAGAGCGAGUCAAUGCUCAACGAGCCAUUAUGGAGGACAGGUUUAAGGAGAAGAAGGCUGAACUAGUGGAACUGGACAAACAGAUGGCUGCAAAAAAGGAAGAGCUUGCUAAUAUUGUAGUCGAUAGAAACAAACUAAAAGGACUCGUUGAAAGCGUCCUAGCAGAAGUUGCCAAUCAGAGAAAUGAAAUAAAAGUUCUAAAAGAUGGAAAGUCUUUUGCAGACUUUGUUGAGCUGAAAAGGCAGAUAAAAGAGUUAAAGGAUGAAAAUACUGUUUUGACUCAAGGACUACAGUCCGAUCGAAAGGGCAGUCUUUACUUCAAUCUGAACGACCUAGCAACAAUGUUGCACCUCAAACAAGGCACAACUAUAGAAGCCUUAUCACAACGGCACCAAAACCAGAGAGUGUUGGUACUGGACGAGAGGGAGUUGGAAGAGAGUAUAAGAAAGGGGGAUCACAGCACCACUGAUCAGGCACCUCCUUGUUGUAGAGAGUCACCCAGUCCCAGGACUCCCUCCGCUCACAAUUGUGGUGGUUACGGUGGAUUGCCCAGUAGACCGCUCACAAGCAGACAGUCCUCGGUGAACAGAAUCAACUUCAUCUCCCCUCCUCGCUCCCUCGUUUCCUCGCCCCGUGUCUUCUCCAGACAGUGUUCCAGGGAGAAAUCAUCAACCACCUGGAAUGGAUCCGGUACUAAAAAUAGGGAACAAGACGACGAAUCAGAACCAUUUCACCGCAAAACGACGGUCUUCUCCAAGAUGGCCUUCACUAAGCGAAUUAAACGAGCGAUACCAAUUAGCUAUGCAGGGGGGCUGGAUAGCGAAGCCGUCUAUCGAAGAAGUCUCGGAAUAUAUAAAAAAUCGACAAAGUGAGAACUGACUGUAAACGAAGCCAGCCCUCUGUCAUGUUAAUAGUUGGGUUUUGAUAAAUAUCACGAUUCCUAAUCAUCGCAACGGCAACGCUCUGUUCUGAAAGUUAUAUUAACGGGCUAGUUUCAGAUAAAUCGCCGAACUGUGUUGUUACAAUGUUACAAAAACUUGCCGUGGAUAACCGAUUACAGUGUAAAAGUAAACAAUUAGCAGACUGGAUAGUUGCAAGGUCUUUAGUUUCUUCGUCCCCUAUAAUAUAGGCUAUAUUUUGAAUUAUUGACCUAAUAAUCAUAUGAAGACUUCAUCUGCAGCUCUGCUUACUGGGCGGCGCUCAGCCUGUCAUUCCGCCGAAUCUCUAUUCGGCGGAAUCUAUGUUUAUGAACAUUAUAGCCUGGCCUGGGGUCCCCAGGUAACAAUCACUUGAUGUUACAUUAGAACGCGUUAAUCAAUUCUUUGCUGCGAGAAGUUAUUGUUUGAUCUUGAAAUUUUGAAGUGUUUUACU